CACUUUAAUAUGCAAUCAUACUGUCCAAUUUUCAUUCGCGGUUCUAAACAAUGUGAACACAUUAUUAAUAACUUGCGUGUUAAAGUUCCAAAUAUCCUUAUGGAAAACCUAGCAAUAUUGAUUAAGGAUAGCAAUUGUUUAGUGCUUGUCUCGGAUACGAAGAUGCACCAAGAUGAUUUGCUAAAAGAAUUGAGUACCGAACAACUAAUGUCGAAGGGCACAACACCAUUGCCGAAAGAACGGAGGUAUUUGCGAUUUGAAUCGGAUUUAUUUGUGGACUAUAUAGAGAAGUUUGGUGAUCACUUGAAACAUGAAUGUAAGUCAAGUUUUGGUGUAGAUUUAAUAUUACGUUCAACAAAAUUAACGGUGGAGGGGACUUCGACAAAUGAUGUUGAGCGUUGCAAAACAUUAAUAGAAGAAAACCUUAGCAAACAUUACACACUUGUUCAACUCCCAGCGUGUGACUUAAAUGUAGCUUCAACAUUAAUACAGAGUGUAACUAAAUCCAAAGAGUGCUGUUGGAAGUUGCAUUCGUUGACUGAAAGCAGUGAAAACAGUGACAUGAUUGUAGAAUUUCAAGAUCCUUACGGCACAUUUCAACUGUGUGUGAAGAGUAUUCAUGCUGAUAUUAAGACAGAUCUAUGUGUUUUGUUAACAACCGACACACUGUUUAUACCUGCAAAUGGUUUCGUGGAAAAUGUAAUUCUACAAAGCUCCACAGAUGUAUUGCCGAGGCAAGAUAUAGGCAUGGCGUCCUAUAUUCCAGUAAAUGAAAUCAGACAAUCCGAACAUAUUAAUUUCCGAGAAUUAUGGAUUAUUGUUUGCGCAGAAAUGAAGGGUGAUAAAGUUGCCCACGUAACCAGUCACAAAAAGCUUCGGAAAGCAUUGGCAACGAUUCUCGACCGGGCAGAGCAAAUGCACUAUUUAGAUAUAUGUAUAUAUGCACCAUUGGUGGAUAAUCUAGGCUCACACCUUCAAGUGAAUAUAUUUGCCAAAAUACUAGUUGCAGGAGCUAAAUCCUCUUUCACCGUGCCUUCUAAACGUGUAGUGGAUAUUCGGAUGGAUAAAGCAGCAAAACACUCAUUCUACGCAGCGUUUCAAGAAAAUUACAAGGUGUAUAAAUCGAUACCUAGGCAAUAUCAUAUCAAAGCUUCCUCUUUCGAAAUCGAGUUAUUGUGUGGGAAAAUCCAAGAAGCACGUGUACAAGUAAUCGUGUGUCCAUCGGAUUCUGAUUUGACGUUCAAUGGGCAGUCGGCAAAGGCACUACUCGAGAUGGUCGGAGACAAAAUGCAGCAAGACUGCCGAAAGAAAUAUCCCAACGGAAUUCCGUCUUUUACAGUGGCUUACACAACGUCACAUGGACUUAAGUCCAGGGGAGUGCAAUAUGUUUUCCAUAUUGCUCUACCUAAAUACAAUUGUUUUCAGUUUAGAAAGGUAAAGGAUGUAGUCAAAAGGUGUCUUUAUUUGGCGGAUGAACUCGAAUGCCCAAGCAUUGCGUUUCCAGCAUUAGGAGUUGGUGCUCUGAAAUACCCGAGGCGCGAGACCGCGUUCCUAAUGUAUGAAGGCUUUAGAGAAUACAAAAAAGAAGGCACACAGUCAAAACUUAAAAACGUUCAAAUUAUUUGCUUUGAAAAAGAUGACGCAACAAGCAAGGCUUUUGUCAACGAAAUACGUAAAAGAAGCUCCCAACCCAAAAUUGAUGCAGCCAAGAGGACGCACUAUGAGGUUUCAGAAACUUAUAUCGGACAAGGAAGCAAGAUUGCGGUUCGUGUCAUGCUAGGUGACAACUUGUGUAUUCCGACAUAUGCAGUGAUAGCCCGGUUCCACUAUGGCCAGUUCAGUUUUAAAGGUGCUUCAGAAAAUUCAACAACAAAUGACCAACUCAACCUUCCAGUGUCAAUCGAGGAUGAUCCUGAACAUGGCAUUCGUUUGAUAGAAGAAGAACGAAUAACGCAUUUAAUUUUAACAUUAGAUUCGAAAACUGUACCCGAUACCCAACAGGAACAAAUGGCAUUAACUUUGUUAGAAGCAUUUGCCAUUUCAAGAAUGGCGUAUCUGAGAAUCGUAGACGUGAUUUUACCAGACUUGCCCAGAGUCAACCGGUUCCUUUCGUACUCAGGUUUUCAGUGGAUGUCAGUCUUCCAUCAAAAUGAACCAAGUGUUUUCUUGGAACUGAUGGCUGACAGUAAGGAGUGCUUGGAAGAAAUACGCAGCGCGGUUGAAAAAAGUAUUUUUGAAGAAGUCACAAUCCCAAUAGCACAGUCUUAUAGGGACCCCCCCUUAAAUCCUUCAUUUGAUACAUCAUUAGCAGAUCUAAAACAAACAGAUGAUAACAAGACACAUGUCAGUGAUGGGAUGAUUUUAAACGCAUCAAAUGACAACAAAUUCGAUCCGCUUUAUGCAACGAUUGAUGAAAUCGAUCCUCAUGCAACGUUUCGUGAUCAUACAGCUCAGUGCAUUGAUUCCACAAACACCCUUAUACAAAAUAAGGACGGUAUGGAUGAUGAUUCCGUGCACACAAAACUUGACGAAAAUAAAAUUAAUUCAGCAGUUCAAACGCAAAUCGAUUGUUUGCCAUAUACUACAGUGGACACACAUUCAGCCGUAUCAACCAUACCCGUUAAUCGGAACCAAGGAAUACCCAAGAUGGGUUUAGGGGAUGACAUCGAGAUUUUCAACUUCGAGGUAUCAGCUUUGAUCAAUGCCGGGAUAGUAAGAUAUCUAGAGGAGCAACAAACACUUCACAAAUGGUUAUCCUCGAUAGAUGAACGAUUCCGGGUCAAAAUAAGAAUGGACAAAUCAGGAUAUACUGUGUAUGGAAGUUUAAAGGACAUGAGCACAUUCGAACACUAUCUGGAAAAUCAUUUCCCAACUUGGGAAGAUAGCGAACAUAAUAUAGAGAAAAAGCAUGUUUCUGUGAAAAAUGAAGAAUAUAUUGAGAUGAGUGAGGUAGAGUUCGAAUACAUUUGUCAUCUACGUAAAUAUAGUCCUGUGUUAUCCACUGUCGAGUCGUUGUCGUACGAUUCUGGUCGCUUAAAAGCAACGGGACUAUACAAUAUAAAGAACAAGAUUCGUAAUAUUUUGUCAAGUGCAAACCGGGAAACAGUGGUGUUCAAAACCACGACAGACGCAGAAAGAAAAUUAAAAAAUUACAAGACAGAUUCCAAUGAAAGUACUGAUCUUGUCUUAACACAAACACGUAACCAAAUUUGUAUUAUGGGUGAAGCAGAGAAUGUGACAAAAGCAUUUUGUUGCCUUUCGAGUAUGAAUGCAAAUGUGUUUGAGAUAUCCAUGAAUAACCUGACGUUAGAAGUUAUGCAGGGGGAUAUAAGAAAUGCUAACGCUAAUUUCAUAGCUGUAUCUUCAACGCCUACAAUGUGGAGUCAACAAGGUGCGGGUAAACAUAUAUGUGAAAUGCUUGGAGAUAAAUAUGACCAAGCUUGUAGGUCUUCGGUUGAUAAAGAAGGUACAAUUCGUUUUGGCGAGUGCCGUGUGAUAGAAACCGGUCUGUGUGUACGAAAGUGGAUUGGGAAUGUUUCAAUACCAGCGUCUGGCAAAAGUCAGACACAUAAUAUAGAACAAUUUGUUUUGCGGGACGCAUAUUCAACGUGUUUUUCAGAAGCUGAUGAAAGACAUUGUUCGACCAUGGCGAUGACAAUAAUUGGAUCAGACAUCUCUAGGGGUGGAUUUCCACUACAAAAUUGCGCCGACUUGAUGUGUCAGGCUUUGCUGUCAUUCAAGCCAAAGCAUCUAACGAAGAUACUAGUCGUCGAAUUUGACGUUAAGAAAUAUAAGGAGAUAGUCGAGUUAAUCUCGAUUAAGAGCCGUGGACAACGUGAAACAAUGAUAUAUUAAAUAUUGUGUACGUUUGGUUGUUAUUUGGGACUUAUAUAUCAGUAUAUUAAGGUAAAGUACACGCACAGGGUUAUGUAUCGUCAGUGAAACUAAAGUGACCUCGAAUGUUUAUUCAAUUUCGAAAAUUUAUGCGUCCCAAAUUCAUAUAACAUCUAAACGUUGUUUCUUCCAAAAAUAUUUAGCAUAUUAAGAUUGUUCAAUAGUUAUCCAAUCUGGUUGUGGUUUACAGAAUUGAUAUAACAGUAUAUGUUAAUCAAUCUUUUACGAUAUAUUGCUGUCGGUUUCCUUUUAUUGACCGGUCGGAAGUAAUCAUUCCACUUAUAUUCAGCUUGUUAUGUGCAUUUCUGUUAAAAUAUUGACACAUAAAUACACGAGCUAAACAAAUCACUGUUGUUGCUGAUUUUGUAUCGUAGAGAUUUAUAUGUCUUACAUAUAAUAAAUUUCGUUUAUUAGUAUGAUCAACCUCAUAUACACAGGUGAUGGUUAGAUUGUUGUUUGACAUAUAAAAAAAACUAUAUAACUAGCUGUAUUAUUUAAAAUAAAGAUUUCAUCAAAAAAUGAAAUAUUGUCAAGAUUCCUUAUGAUACCAUUUUUUCGGAGCACGCUGUUGUUAUGCCCCCGGAUCGAUAGAUCGGGGGUGUAUUGUUUUUGUCCUGUUUGUCUUUCUGUCAUUCUGUCACCAAAACUUUAACCUUGGUUAAAGUUUGAUAACUUUUUUAACAUUGAAGAUAGCAACUUGAUAUUUGGCAUGCAUAUGUAUCUCAUGGGGCUGCACAUUUUGAGUGGUAAAAGGUCUAGGUCAAGGUCAUUCUACAAGGUCAAAAGUCAAAUAUCAUUGUAUUUUUCUUUCCUAAAACUUUAACAUUCGUUAAAGUUUUGUCAUAACCUUUUUGAAUAUUGAAGAUAGCAACUUGAUAUUUUGCAUGCAUGUGUAUCCUACGGAGCUGCACAUUUUGAGAGGUAAAAAGUCAGGGUCAAGGUCAUCCUUCAAGGUCAAAGGUCAAAAAUUUAAAACUUAAACCUUUGUUAGAGUUUAUUCAUAACUUUUUUAAUAUUGAAUAUAGCAACUUUAUAUUUGCCAACGAUGUGUAUCUCAUGGAGCUGGACAUUUUGAUUGGUUAAAUGUCAAUGUCAAGGUCAUCCUUCAAGGUCAAAGGUUAAAAAUUACCUUCGUUAAAGUUUCUUCAUAACUUUUUGAAUAUUGAAGAUAGCUACUUUAUAUUUUGCAUCCAUGUGUAUUUCAUUGAGCUGCACAUUUUGAGCGGUGAAAGGUCAAGGUCAUCCUUCAAGGUCAAAGGUCAAAUAUCAUUGUUUUUUUCUUUCCUAAAAAUUUAACCUUCGUUAAAGUUUUGUCAUAACUUUUUGAAUAUUGAAGAUAGCUACUUUAUAUUUUGCAUCCAUGUGUAUCUCAUUGAGCUGCACAUUUUGAGCGGUGAAAGGUCAAGGUCAUCCUUCAAGGUCAAAGGUUAAAAAUUUAAAACUUUAACCUUCGUUUAAGUUUCUUCGUAAGUUGUUAUGCCCCCGGGUCGAAUGAUCGGGGGCAUAUUGUUUUUUGCCUGUGUGUCUGUCUGUCAUUCCGUCAUUCUGCCAUUGUGUCCAAAAACUUUACCUUACAGUAAAGUUUUGCAAUAACUUUUGAAAUAUUGAACAUAGCAACUUGAUAUUUGGCAUGCAUGUGUAUCUCAUGGAGCUGCACAUUUUGAGUGGUGAAAGGUCAAGGUCAUCCUUCAAGGUCAAAGGUCCAAAAAAAGCCAAAGCGGCGCAUAAGAGGACAUUGUGUUUCUUACAAACACAUCUCUUGUUAAACAUUGUUAUUGCACAACUGUACUUAAUUACUUUAUUCGUUAAUAUAAUAAAUAAGAUAGUAGUCAGAUAUAAUCGAGCACAAUAUUUAUAACUAGCAACUAUGUUAUGUAUGCAUUUUGUGUCCGCCUUCGCAAAACGUUCUUAUAAUGAAUUUUUGUGGUUGUAUUUUGUCCGCCGUGCGUCACCCGUAGUCUGUAGUGAACAGCAGCAUUGUUAACACUAAAGAGGUGAGAACAAUCGUCUCAAUAUGGAAACUGGUUCACAUAAGGUCAAAACCUAUGUCAAAUUUACGAAACAAAACUUGUUUACACUCUAGUAUUCGCAUGCUUUGCCAAUCUUCAUGAAAAUUGUUCAGACAUAAGCUGUAAUAGUUAAUCGAUUGUGUGCUCAUUGAGAGCUUUCGUGAUCCCCUUGUACCCACUGUUGCUCGUUGUACAUCGUCCGUUGGCUACAUUUACCUUGGUUACACUCUGUGUGCAAAUUAUAUUAUCAAACCGACACAAAACCUGGUCAGAUCAUCUUUCCAAAUGAUAUAUGGACCGAUAUCCAAACUAGCUCACAUGAUGUAAAAACACACGACAAUAUCAUACUUUAAAAAAGGCUUGUUAAGACUCUAGAAGUGACAUUGUAAUUUUAAUCUUAGUCAGAAAUUGUUUUAAUUGUAGACUUCGAGCAUGUCGGUGUAUUUGAAUACUUUGCCGCCAGGGGCUGAUCAGAUGCCUUAUGUUGCUUUGUUGGAACAUUAUUAAGACUCUAUGAGUCACAUUAUUUUCCAAUAUUCAUUAAAUUUAGUUCAAAAAUUGGCACUAACGAUGUCCGAGUCGAGUGCAAAAAUAUUUCCAGUCUCUGUAGGCGGUCUUCCGCACAUAUAUUCAGCGAAACCAUAUAUUAACACUUAAAGUCACAACUUUUGCCUACUCAGCAUGACACCUUAGUAGAAUACUUAUUUUGUUCUAGUGGCAUCUCCGCCGAUUUCUAUUUUAAAUUAGUUCUUGGUAAAGGUCAAUAGCGCCACAUUUUGUACACAUACAUAACGAAAGCUGCUAACAAAGGUUCAGUGUCAUUUGGCCUCAAGUUAGCGACAGAGGGCACAUAGCCCUCUUGUUUUUUGUCUUUAUUUUUAUUUCUGUUUUGCCCGAUCAUCUCUCAAACACUACUUAAUUAUUUUAACUCACAAUCAACCCCAUGUUGUAGGGUUAAUUUCUGGAAAUCAGUUUUAUUGCUUUUUGUUAUUAACUCGUUCGUUUAAUUUAAACACAUGAAACAACACAAUUCCAAUCCCGUAACAAUGUUGUUUGUUUUAAAAACCAGAGUUGUGUAGUUUUAUUCUGCUUGAAUUAAAAGUGUCUGCACAUUUUGUAAAUGUUUGUAAUACCAGUUUGUCGCUAGGCGCAUGUGCAGAUAGUGUAAUAUUAUAUAUUUUAUAGAUAAAUAUGCAUGUAUACAGACGUGUAUUGUAUUUCGGGAUGCCCUUAAAUGACGAGAGGCAUUUGUAUGUUAAUAUAUUUAUCGACUUUACUGUAUUAAAAUUGUUUAAAUUGUUUAUGCGUUCCGUUGUAAUCCUUUAAGCGUUUUAUGUAAUUGUCAUCAACAAAAUUGGUGUUUUCAUUAUUUUUAAAUGUUGCACAAUAUGUGGAAAAUCGUUAUAUGACGUUUAAUUGAUUUAUUUAUUUUUAAGCUUCAAUCUUUUUUGGUUCAUUUUUAUGCUCCCCCAAUUUUUUUUUUUGGGGGGGGGAGCAUAUAGUCGCCGCUUCGUCUGUCCGUGCGCGUGUCCGUCCGUGUGUCCGUCCAUCCGUGCACAUUUUUUGUCCGGGCUAUUUCUCAGCAACUAAUGACUGGAAUUCAAUGAAACUUUAUGGGAAGCUUCACUACCAAGAGGAGAUGUGCAUAUUAUCAGCCGGUUCUCGUCGGAUGAUUUUUCACAGAGUAAUGGCCCUUUGAAAUUUUCCAUUUUACAUAUAGUGCAAUUCUUGUCCGAGCUAUUUCUCAGCAACUUAUUACGGGAAUUCACUGAAACUUUAUGGGAAGCUUCACUACCAAGAGGAGAUGUGCAUAUUAUCAGCCGGUUAUGGUCGGAUGAUUUUUCACAUAGUUAUGGCUCUUUGAAAUUUUCUAUAAACUGUACAUAUAGUGCAAUUCUUGUCCGGGCUAUUUCUCCCUGACAACUGACUGGAAUUCAAUGAAGCUUUAUGGGAAGCUUAACUACCUUGAGGAGAUGCGCAUGUUAUUUGUGGGUUCUGGUAAGAUGAUUUAUUUAGAGAGUUAUGGCCUAUUGCUAAACCAUCCAUCGUUUUAUUUUGUCCAAAGUUAUGCCCAUCAAGACGUUUCCUUUUAUCUGAAUAUAUAGUGCAAUAUAGUGACAAAAAAAACCUUUUGGGAGCAUCACCCGUCUCCGACGGUUUCUUGUUGUUGUUUCAUUAUUAAAUGUAUUUAAGAAAGCUUUGACUCAAACGAUUUUUUCAGUCUCUACAAGAUUGUUAUACUAUCUAUGUAUUUGAAAGGUUCCAAAUACGACAUUUAAUGUAAAUGCGACUUAACAUUUCUUUCGUCAUUUCUUUAAAAGCGAUCUAUUAAUUGUAUAACAUUCCUCCUAAUUGUCAUUUUAUAACGCAUAUAAGCUUGGUUAUUGAUAGCACGCAUAUACAUAAAAACAUCGUUUCGUUGAUCAUGGGAAAACCCAAACAUUGAAGGAAUUUUUCAUUUCAAAACAAGGGCAUUCAAUUGCUAGGCAAUCUCAAAACAUGAUAUAAGGGGUUUUCGUGCGAGAAAAUGCUGAGCAGAUUAGAAAAUAAUAAUAUGUACACUUUAUGCCGCUCGAUCAUUGUUUCUUUCGACUUUAGUUGCCUAUCGGGAAUUUUUCAUGCUGAAGUGUUGUAUUGUUUUAGAUAUAGAGUAGUAUAUUUUGUAAAAAAUAAAGUCAUUAGUAAUGCGUACCCUCCACAGUUUGGUGUCAUCACAGAGAAUACCACGUGUCAUAUUUGUCCCUUCAAAUUGGUCGAUCUGGUAAAUGAAAACGUUUAUUAAAUCAGAUGUAAAUUAGUAAGUGUUGGAUAUACAUUUUACUAUACAAUAUGUAUUUAAAUAUCGAUUUUAGGUAUCGAUGUUAAAACUGUGUGGCCGCAAUAUUAUAUUUUUUCCAAUAAAUGUAUGAUUCAUU